AUGUUACAACCGCAAUUGAGGGCGCCUGUGAGGCUGCUCGAAGGAGUCUUCGCCCAAUGCACAGCCAAAACCUCGAGUCGAUCGCAUCCCCAGUUCUCUAGACGGACAUUCAGCUCCCGAGCCCUCAUAUCCUCUAUCCUACAAUCUCAAUUACGACCGCAACAAUCAUCUAUUUUCUCGCAGCUCGGGCAGGUCCGAUACGCCUCUCACAACUCGCAAGGUUCCGGAGCGAACAAGCACUCAAGGAACUCGCCAGGACGAAGACUUGGUGCCAAAAAGACAGGCGGCCAGGCUGUGGUGACAGGAAAUAUCAUCUUCAGACAACGAGGCACUAAAUGGUUCCCUGGUGAAAAUGUUGGGAUGGGAAGAGACCAUACGAUCUUUGCCCUUGAGAAGGGAUAUGUCCAAUACUACCGGGAUCCCGAGCGCCACCCCGACAGAAAAUAUAUCGGCGUUGUUUUCAACAAGGACGAUAAGCUGCCCACUCCAAAGAAUGCAGUAACUCGAAGGCGGUUGUCGAUGGUUGCUGUUUCACGAAAGACAGAGGAGGCUCCUGUGGAAGAACCGGCUGACGCAUCCAAACCCGUCAAGUUGACACUCGUGGCAUCCAGCUCAACAACGUACCGAUCUGGAUAUAUGCACCGUGAGGCGAACUGGGAGAUUGGAAGAGCCGCGGAUAAAGCUGGAAUAACGGUUCAGGAGUGGAAGCGAAAGGACCGCUGGACCGCCUGGAGACGCAAGCUAGAGAAAGUAAAGCGUGUUGCACAGAUGAAGGAGCUGAAGAAGAAGAAGAAAAAGAUCAAGGUGAAGGCCUGA